GGAGGCUGCUGCCUUUUUUCUUUUCUAAGAGAAAUGCAGUCAAUUAAGAGUUUUUCAUUAAUGGAGGGGAGGGUGUCGAGGGCGGGAUUUUGGUUUCCUUAAGAAGUGGAUCAUUUGGCAAACUUUUUCUUUCCCAUUUUUAUUUUUACAACGAAAAAUGAGAUUUUUUUCCCCCAUAAAGGGAAAGAAUAAAAAAAAUUCCGCCAUUUUGGCGUUUUAAAAAGUAACCGCUUUGCGGAGCUGAGGGAUCAGUGGCCACCGCGCCCGCCCAGGUCUUUGCCAGUCCCGGGAGGACUCCCGAAGGCUGGCGGCGGAUCUAGAUCCUCGAACCCCGUGCGCUGGGCCGCAGUACGGCUCCCGGGUCUCGGCCGGCGCUGCGGGGGGCUGGAGGGGUGAGGCCGCAAGUUUGUGCCUCUCAGUCUCACUGCGGCUGCGUGUGUGUUGGGGUUGCCGGAGUAUAUGUCUGGAGCGCUACCUCUCCACCCAGAACCUAAACAGAGGGCAUUUAUCAGGCAGCAGUUGUGUACAAGGCUUUGAGGGGCACGGAAUGCGGGGGCGGGGGUACCUUGGCAAACUAGAAAAAAUACACAUGGACGUAUCCAUUCGAGAAAUAUUUAUUGAGCACCUAUUAUGUGCCAGACACGGUGCUGAGCAUGCAGUGGUUGUUUUAGGUCGGGUUCCCUGGAAAGACUCAGAAAUUGACUGUAGGAGGUUUGUUGGCAAGUGCCCUCAGGAAUGUCACCUGUAGGGGAGUGACGACAGCAGGCCUGGGCAGAGGGAGAAGUUGAACUGCUGGUGUAGUCUCAAUAGAGCCUGCAGCCUGUCCCAAGAGGAGUUCUGGAGCUGGGAUGGCGGCUCUUCCUGGAACAGCCAACCCGCUGUCGUGGAGUCGAUUCCGACUCAUACCGACCCGAUAGGACAGAGUAGAACUGCCCCCAUAGGGCUUGCAAGGGUGCAAUCUUUAGGACAGUAGACUGCCACAUGUUUCUCCCUAGGAGCAGCUGGUGGGUUCGAACUACAGACCUUUUGGUUAGCAGCCGAGCACUUAACCACUGCACCACCAGGGCUCCUUCAUGGCCCUUCCGAUGUCUCAUUUUGAGGCGAGGGGGCAGGCCUUUGUACCCUAUAUCAACUAGUCUUUGGAUGGUUGUCCCCAGAAGAGGGCACUAGGGCAGGGCAGCUCUCUUGGCUGAGGGCAACUCCAAGAGAACAGGGAACACUGAGGGCUGCCACUGACAACCUCCCCAGUAGUGGGGGGUGGGGGGCUUCCCACUUUAUCCCCUCUUGCCCCCAGCCUCUGAAUAGAAGGGGGAAAUAAUGUUCUUGCCCUAAAAGCAAACGUGGCUAAGCCACUUAUGGCUUUCAAUACCAUUUGUGUCUUCUUAUAUUAUUGAUCAUUCUCUUCUCUCAACUGUCUGAUUCAUUCAUUGAGUGACUGUUGAGUGCAAUCUCUAGAUCAGACUCUUUGCAUGCUGGGUGCUUUGGCCACAGGCCUGCAAGGUACUUGCAGCCUCAAGUAAGUGCAAGGUUAGAUUGUGGUGGAAUGUAGCAAUAAAUGAAUACCACAAGAACACAGAGGGAAGGAGACAAUGCAAGAGGGCAAGAGAGAGACAGCAACCACUGCAAGCCAGUUUUUCAAGCAAGCAGCUUACAUGUUUUUUCAGAAGCUGCCAACCAAGCUCCCUGGAAUUUCUGUUAAGAGGGAGCGGAUUGGUAUUUGAUGAGGGCCUGCUGGUGUCAAAAUUUUACAUGCAUUUUCUAUUUAUUCUUUACCCUAGCCCUUUGAGGUAGAUAGACACCAUUACUACCUCUAUGUUACACAUGAGGAAGCCGAGGCUCAGAGUCACAUAGGUAUUAAGUGGGGAGCUGAGAUUCAAACUCAUGUCUGCUGUAAGCCUAGGCCUAUGUUGUUUUCUUUAACCUGUAUGCCAGAAGUCAUUGUCAAGUAGUGCUAAUACCUUCAAGCAACCAAAUAUCAAUCACUCAUGAAGUGCUUUUUUAGUAAUGGAGGGAACGGUGUCAAGGGCGGGAUUUUGGUCUUUUUAGGGUAUGGGUCAUUUGGCAAACUUUUUUAAGCUUGAAUUACUGAAAUCCAACACAAAUAUUUAUUGAACACCUACUGUGUGCCAGCCUGUUCUAGGUGCUGGGAUAUAGGUGCUGAACAGGUCUUUGCUCUCAUGGAACUUACAUUCAUGUGGAGAUGACUGACAAACACAGAAACUGAUAAAUGAAGAUCAGUGCUGAUCAUGGUAGAGGAUGUGAAGGAAAUAAACACAGUAAUGAGAUAGAGAGUGAUGGGGCGUAGUGGACGGUGUGUUGCUUUAAAUUAAUGGUCAAGAAAUACCUCUCUGAGGAGGUGGCCAUUGAGCUGAGCAUAGAUGAUGGGAAAGAGCCAGCCAAGCAGAGAGUUUGGGGAAGAGCAUUCCAGGAAGAGGGAACAGCAAGGGCAAAGGCUCUGAGGUGGGAUUGCUGGUCAAGCCACAGAAGGAAAGCAGAGUCUGUGGCGGGUGUGGUCAGAGAGGAAGACAGGUCAGAUUCUGUAGGGUAAAGCAUUGCAAUUUCAUUCUAAUGGCAAUGCAGAGCCCUUGAAGAAUUUUACUAAUGCUUUAAAUGGGGAAAAGAUGUGAUUUGGUUUAUGUUUUUGAAGCUGUGACUGGAGAAUAGACUGUAGGAGGGCAGAGGAGGAAGAGGGAGAUGGGCUAGGAGGCAAUAUCAGAAAUCCAGGGAGAGCUGAUAGUGGUUGGGACUAGCAUGGUGGCAGUGGAGAUACAGAGAAGUCAGACAGAGAUGUGUUUUGGAGAUAGUAAGUAUAAAGCUGUGUUGUCCAAUACGGUAGCCACUGUGGCUAUUAAAAUUAAAUAAAAAUUCAGUUCCUCAGGCUAUUGGCCAUAUUUUAAGUUCUCAGUAGCCACAUGUGGCUAGUGGCUACUGUAUUGAACAGCAUAGGCAUAGGACAUUUCCAUCAUCACAGAAAAUUCUAUUGGACAGUGCUAGUGAGGCAUCUAGCACAGUGGCUGAGACAUUUGAGGAGCUGAGUAAAUGGUAGAUAUUAAAUAUAUUUGAUACGUCAUUAAGCCAUUUUUUCCAUAUAUUUACCUGUUCAACCAAUUCUAUUAAAUGCCUCUACUGUCCCUGCUUUACUAAAGCAAAAUCACGUACUUCCUGGGUUCUCAUACACUACCUCGUUGCCCUUCAAAUGCAUACAUUCGUUCAACAGAUGUUUGAAUGCUUGCUUGGUGUUGGAGGGAGUGGUGGGCAAAGAGUGUAAAAGAACAGGAUCUGAAAAGAUCCCAAUUCCCAGGAAGAUAAAUUACGCACAGGUGGGGGAGAACCUGAUACUUGAAAUGCUCUGAAUCCCCAGAGGGAGAAGGAAAUGAUUCUAGUGGGGGUGGGGAUCCAGAAGGAGGUGAGUUUGGACUUCGCCUGGGCAGUGUCAUGAGGACAGCUGGCCAGACAGAACCGUGUCCUGAGCCACGCUUCCUAGAGUGAGUUCUGUACAUCCGGGUUUACUAAGCACCCUCACAUAUACCACUGCAACCAUCUUAAAGAGGAGGGUGGGGGAGACGUGCAGGCCUAGCUGGAGACCUCCCAGUGACCACGAGCCAGACAUGAUGCUGGUCUCCUGAGACACCCUACCCCCUCGGGGCUGAGGUGUUUCUCUGCAGGUUGCUGGCAUGGGGGUGGCCAGCUCCCCCUCAAAGAAGCCCUCUUAUUCUACACUUUCUGAUUCCCCUGGGGCUGUGUUCGGUUUGUAGGCUUUCCAGGAUGGAAGGGCAUGCUGAAAUGGAGAUGCUGAGGACGCUGAAGGGGCCCUCCACAGGGGAAGUCAGCGUCCACUUGGUGGCCAGAGACAGCCCAGGUUCCGGCUCUCGCCUGCCGGCUACUGCCUUCAUCAUCCCAGCCAGCUCGGCCACCCUCGGCCUGCCCACCAGUGCCCUGGAUGUGUCCUGCUUCCCUCGAGAGUCAAUCCAUGUGGGCGCCCCGGAGCGGGCGGCCGGCAACGAACCGGUCACGGCCACCGUGCUGCCUCAGCUAGGUGCGAGGCCAGCAACCAGCUCCAGCGUCGGCACCGGGCGGUUACUGGAGUGGACCGAGGCUGCGGCCCAGCCUCCUGGGAGUGGCCUGCGGUUCCGGAUAAGCGAGUACGCGCCGCUGACCAUGGUGGGAGCAGAACAGCCACCGAGCCCGGAGCUGCGGCGGGAAGGCAUGGCUGAAUACGAAGAUGGCGAGGCCUCGGCGGGAGGUGGCGAGGCGGGCACCCAACAGCCGGCGGACCUCCCUCAGGACCCUCCAGAAGAUAACUCUCAGGACCCCCCAGAGGAUGGCGUCACCUGUCAGUGCCAGGCGUGCGGGGCUCAGCCUGGCCCUGCCCCAAACCUUGAUUCCUCCAGUGAUGACUGCCCCCAGCUGUUCCAGGAACGGUCAGUCAUUGUGGAGAGCUCCUCAGGAGGCACCAGAGCUUCUGAACUGCUCAAACCUAUGAAGAAGCGGAAGUGCAGGGAAUACCAGAGCCCAUCAGAGGAAGAGUCAGAGCCAGAGGUUAUGGAGAAGCAAGAAGGAGAGAAGCAUCCAGAGGGACAACCCAUCCCUAGCACCCCAGAGAGUGAGGAGUGGAGCAGCAGCCAGUCUGCAUCUGGUGAGAAGAAGGAAGGAUGGUCGUGGGAGUCCUACCUAGAAGAGCAGAAGGCCGUUACUGCCCCUGUCGGCCUCUUCCAGGACUACCAAGCAGUCACUCAUAACAAGAAUGGCUUCAAACUGGGCAUGAAGUUGGAAGGCAUUGACCCUCAACACCCGUCCAUGUACUUCAUCCUCACUGUGGCUGAGGUGUGUGGCUACCGCCUACGUCUGCACUUUGAUGGGUAUUCUGAGUGCCAUGACUUCUGGAUCAAUGCCAACUCCCCUGACAUUCAUCCUGCUGGCUGGUUUGAGAAGACUGGGCACAAGCUGCAGCCCCCCAAAGGUUACAAGGAGGAGGAGUUCAGCUGGAGCCAGUACCUGCGCAGCACAAGAGCUGAGGCUGCCCCCAAGCACCUGUUUGUGAGCCAGAGCCACAGUCCCCCACCCCUGGGCUUCCAGGUGGGCAUGAAGCUGGAGGCUGUCGACCGGAUGAACCCAUCCCUCAUCUGUGUGGCCAGCGUGACCGACGUGGUGGACAGCCGCUUUCUAGUGCAUUUUGACAACUGGGACGAUACUUACGACUACUGGUGUGAUCCCAGCAGCCCUUACAUCCACCCGGUGGGCUGGUGCCAGAAGCAAGGAAAGCCCCUCACCCCUCCACAAGACUACCCAGACCCUGAUAGCUUCUGUUGGGAGAAGUAUCUGGAAGAAACCGGGGCCUCUGCUGUGCCCACUUGGGCCUUCAAGGUGCGACCUCCCCACAGCUUCCUGGUCAACAUGAAGCUGGAGGCUGUGGACCGCAGGAACCCAACCCUGAUUCGUGUGGCCAGCGUAGAGGAUGUGGAGGAUCACCGGAUAAAGCUCCACUUUGAUGGCUGGAGCCAUACCUAUGACUUCUGGAUUGAUGCUGACCACCCAGACAUCCACCCCGCAGGCUGGUGCUCCAAGACAGGACAUCCCCUGCAGCCUCCUCUCCGACCCAGAGAGCUCAGCUCUGCCUCCCCUGGAGGCUGUCCCCUUCUCAGCUGUAAGAGCCUGCCACACACUAGGACCUCCAAGUACAGCUUUCAUCAUCGGAAGUGCCCUACUCCUGGUUGUGAUGGCUCUGGCCAUGUCACAGGCAAGUUCACAGCUCACCAUUGCCUCUCAGGCUGCCCACUGGCUGAGAGGAACCAGAGCCGGCUGAAAGCAGAGCUGUCUGACUCAGAGGCUUCAGCCCGUAAGAGGAACCUCUCCAGCUUCUCCCCAAGGAAGAAGCCUCGUCAUCAUGGCCGAACUGGACGCCCUCCAAAGUAUCAGAAGAUCCCACAGGAAGAUUUCCAGACACUCACCAGUGAUGUCAUGCACCAGUCCCUUUUCAUGUCGGCCUUGUCAGCCCACCCAGACCGUUCACUCUCUGUGUGCUGGGAGCAGCACUGCAAGCUCCUGCCUGGAGUGGCAGGCAUUUCAGCCUCGACAGUCACCAAGUGGACCAUCGAUGAGAUGAUUGACGGCGAGGCCUUCCUUUUGCUGACACAGGCGGACAUUGUGAAGAUCAUGAGCAUCAAGCUGGGCCCAGCCUUGAAGAUCUAUAACUCCAUUCUCAUGUUCAAAAAUGCCGAUGACACCUUAAAGUGACUGGCUCAGGGCUAGGCCCUCCUCCAGCCCUCCCUGGGCGUUUUCUCUCCAGCUGAUGGCUUCCUUCCUGACUCAGGUUCCUCAUAUCACCACCUGAGUCUUCUCCCCCUUUCCCCACUUCAAUAUCUGACUAGGGUUGGUCCUUCUUCUCGCCAGGGCUGCUUCCUAGAAGGUGCAUAGGAGAGAGGGGCCCUGGGGAAGGUGGAGUCCUAGCCCCUGAGUCUUGCAGCUGGUUUGCCACCAGGCCUAGUGGUGAGGGUGUAACUGGGCAUAGGGAGCAUUACGGAUGGAGGUGCCCUGCCUGUGGCAGCCCUACAUCUCCAGCUGACUUGUUUUAUCACCAAAGGGUCUUUUUCUUAGCAGUUAAGAAUGACCUGGUAGAGUGGGAGUCCUCCAUCUGAGGCUCUUUUCUCUUUUUGGCAUCUUUAUGCGUGUUCUCUCCUUUCUCUCUCCCAAGAUAUGACCCUACUGCAAACAUAUUUAAUCAUAAAAACAACUUCCUCCUUUCUGUCACUGGUUUUGCUCCCCUUAUUCUGCCUGGUUCCCUGGGCAGUGCCCUCAGCCAGACCCCUCAGGAACAUGUUUUCCUAGGAUCUAUUGGGAGUUUCUGGCUGGGCUAACAUGCUUUCUUGAACAUGCCCAGUUCUGGACCACUUGACAGUUUAGUUCCCAUGCCAAAUCUCAGUUCCAGGCAGAGUGAGUAAGUGGUUAGAGUCUGUUUACAGCUGGCAGAAGUUGAGAUUCCACUGAUGAUCCCUGCACAUCCUUCCUGUGUUGGGUCAGGAAGAGGGCCCUGAUAAGUCACUAGGCCAGGAAGCCAGCCCAAGGAUACAUCAGACAUUCUCUGAGUCUUUGGCCAAAGGGACAGCUCCAGUAGGCAUAGUUGCCCCCAAAGCUAGGCAUAGCCUCCUCCCCACCUGUGAAUCUAAACCAAGGUGCUCCCCAUGCAGGGUUGAGGGCCCCGUGCUGGCUGGCCAUCCUGUCAUGGGAAUGUGGAACUCUGUCUAGCAGGCACACACCAGGAGGCCACAUUCGACCUGUCCCUUAAAUGUCUUGUGCUUAUUCCUGAGGAAUCUUACAAAGACAAUUUGAAGUUGGGAGUUGGGAAGGUGAACUUUUCUAUCUUUGAAUUUCCAGGAUCCCUUACAGCCUUUCUUAACUACUCUCCAUCUGUCUUACACUGCCAGCCAGGUCCCUGCUGAGAUCUGGGACUUUGACUUCUCUGUCCAGGUAGAGCCCUAGCCUCCACUGAGUAACUGCCAAACCUGCCUCCCAGGUUCCUAUUUCUGAGAAGCAGCCUGGGUGGGAAGGGCCAGAGCCCCUGGCAGGAGCCAGCCCCAUAUGGAGGUGAGGAGCAACUGCCAAGCUGCUGUGCCCCAGGUGCUGAGAUGGGCCUGUGGUGCAGGGCCACAUGGUCCUUCCCUAGACCCCUUCUGUCAGUCAUGUGUUGUAUGUUUGUGUGGGUGUGUGUGGAGGACACUGUUAGAAGUGUUGGACAGAGUGCAGAUAUGAGGCAUGAGGCUUGGUGAUGGGAAUAUGUCAAGGGCUAUUCUUGGUAAAAGAUGAAACUUUAAUUUUCCCUUAGAAAUGAGAAAUCGGAAGCUGUGCUGAUUUCCUGCCUCAGCCCAGUAGGGCUCCUCUCUCGCAUAGGCCCGGACAGGUCUGCCAGGGCAGCUAUUUAACCCCCAGCUGAACUGCCACAAGGCUUCAGAUGUUCCUCCCCUCUCAGCCCUUGGAGGCAGCACUGAGCACAACCUUCCUAAAAGGAAACUAGGCAAGCCACAGGGUGAGGGUUGGGUUUAUAGAGGUUACACUGGUGCCCCUUUGGUCAAGUGUAAAGAGGAGCUUCUCUCUUAUCUCAGUUGCUUGGGCAGCAGCAAAUUCAUCAGCUCCCUGCCCUCAGUGUGCUUCUCUACAAAAAAAAGGAGAGAUACUCACCUACUUUGUGAUAUGAGCAGACGGCAGCAGAUAGAGCUGGUGCUGUGGGACCUCGCCAGCUUCUAAGGAGAUGGGCUUUGGCACAUGGAUUUGCCAACAACACUUCCUGAUGCUUGCCUAAGAGAAAGACAAGAUGGACCAAUGACCUUAGAGGAAAGGGCCCCAGGCCUCAGAACUUUGGGACAUCAGCACUUUUUACAUGAAUGUCAACCUCUUUGGAAAAAACCAAAUCGCAAAAAGUGGAACGAGAUCUGUCUUCUCUUCACCCCUCUCCCCGCUUCACCCCCAGUCUGUCUCCAAAUGGAAUCAUUGCACCUUGACCUGAGGAGAGCAGUGAAGGAGGGAGUUGGUGGCGGUUCCUGAUGCUUGUGUGCCGUCUGCCCUGCUCUCCAAACUUACACUUUGGCCCCCUUCAGCCUCACCCACCCCUUGCCCAGCCCAGCCCUGUCCUAGGGCAGAAAGGAUCUUUGUUUAAUUUCUGAAGCUGAAGGAAUGAUCCCAGAGUUGGAAAAAUGAAGCCUCUUUGCACUUUCAUUCACAUGCACUUUGGCGGGGUUACAUUUUUUGUAUUGGCUUAUGUGUGCGUGCGUGUGUGUGUGUGUGUGAGAGCACGUGUUCUUUAAGAGAAUCCUCUGGUUUAAGCUAAAUCAACUCUUGUGAAUCUGUAUCUUAGGUACACAGAAGAAAAGACAGUUAUAAACAAGAUGUGGUGUGUUUUGUCAGUGUUUUGAAGCAACAUAAAUAAACUUGAACAACUCAACUGGA